UCACCCGCCAGUAGUCACUGACUCGCCAUAGAAUCACACGCAUUGCCGAGUGCACUCUAAAAAUACCGCCGCGAACCCGGCAUGUUAAAACGAACAAAAUAAACCAGACUUUUCAAUGACAAUAAGUAUGAAAAUCCAAAAGUGACUGAACCAAAACAAUUUUAAAAUAUCAAGUCAGUUAGUUCUUUUCUUUUUUGAUUUUCAAGUUAGUAUUAUAGUGAAUUCGCGGUAUUCUUGCUGUGUCCUAUUGUUUUGUGAAUGAACCAAUGUUGUACCUAUGAAAGGAUGUUAUCAUUACUGCACAUGGUACUAGGAAAUUGUAUUUUCUAAAUUUCAUGGGAUUUAAGAGCUGGUGUUCAGUUCGUGUGUGAUGGUGCGCAUGCUCUCAGUGCUGCUGCUGGCGGUAGCACUGUGCGGCGCCGCCACCACACUCGACUCCGAGCUCGGGCUUGGCAAGGCGAUCAAUAUAUUUAUGAGGUAUGGCUACCUCAGCAUCUGCAUGCGGGUGGUGCCCCGGAACGACACCGAAGGCUGGGUCUUCCGAGAGCCAACAGUCUCCGUCUUCCGCGAGGUGGAACAGUUCUCCAUCGCCCCGACUCCCCGGCACGCGAAGACACUGUUCGACGGAGACUUCCAUAUGGAGUUCUGCGAUAACCUGAAGCAGCUGCUACAGGCUUACUUUAGGGAUUUUACUUUUGAAAGACUGGAGCGACCCUGGCGCGCGUUCACCGCCGGCUGGCCGACGGACAUCAUGGCGCGGAACCUCGGCAUCAACUCCUCCUUCAUCAAUGGAGACCACUGCUACGUGCUCGUCAGGGUUUCCAGAUUCCGCGAGACAGCGAAACUAAGCGAUCUUCCCGGGAACAUAGCGGUAGAGGACGUAGUAUACGAUGCGAUCCAGGAGGCGGCGAUAGGCGACACGGCGUCCAUAGCCGACUUCAUCAGAAAGUAUGGCUCGCACUACAUCGCGUCCUAUAUCACUGGGAACUCGCUGUAUCAGGUAUUUGUGUUCUCUCGCGGCGUGUACUCCCGUAUCAAGGAGCGCGUGAAGUCUCGUGGUAUCUCUGACAUACCUGUGGCAGAGAUGAACAACUUCUUCUCGCCGCUCUUCGCCGAACACGUGGGCGCUGUCAAGGUGGCCAGUGGCAACAAAACAGUGGAAAACUGGGCGACCAAACGCCUAAGGGUCCAUUACUACAUUUUCUCCUACCCAAGUUUACUAAAGUUACACGGAGAACCAUCGCUCCUAAGAAGUCUAGACACGUUACUAGGAAAUGAAGCCUUAUUGCAAUUAGAAUUAAAAACAUUAUCCCCUGCAUUCAAAGACGUGAAGAAAAAGAAAUGGUUCGAAGAAGUCAUAGACAAUUAUUUAAAACUUUGGGAGAGUAACAUGUGACGUAGUUUAGUUAAUAGUCUAAUAGUUAUUUUGUGACGUAACUUAAAACAAGAUCUAUUAAGUUGCAGAAUACUAACAUUAGCCGGUCUUUGUUCACAAUUUAAGAUACGGCCUAAGUUAGAAUUAUCACAUUGAAACAAUGCAUAAAAGUGGCUUGUAGCAACUUUUUGAAUACAACGAACAUAUUUAUUUUAUUGUGGAUUUUGAAUAAAAAAUAUAGUUAGUAAGUACAAUAAAAUGGAAAUGAAUCUAUGACAGAGUGACUAAUUAAUGUUUUAAAUAUAAAUUGUAGUGGAAAUAACAAAAUAAUGAUUAAUGAGUGAAAUGAAUCUAGAUACGAAUGAUUUUGCAUCGGUAGUUAUAUUUUUGUACAUACCUAAAUAGUUCAUUUUUUAAUUACAAAGUGCCUUAUAUUCUUCAAAAAUUGAUUGUUAUUUAUCAUGGCAAUUCAUUUAACACUUUUUUAAUUUUAAUAUUCCACUUGCGCCAGAAGUCAAAAAACAUAUCCUUAUUAUAAUCACAUUUUGAGACACAUAGUGUGUGCAUUUAUUAAGUCGCUAGUACACAAAACGUCCGACAGAGGCGCUGCUGUCGAAUCAACUUCUCAACAUUUUAUGCUCUUAUUGAAAUCAUCAGAAAAGACUUGAAUUGAAUUCUGUCCAUUAUGAUAUUAAGCUUAAUUUUAAAUGACAAUAAAAUAUAGUUGUAAUGUGCAAUAAUGGGUGUCGCCAAAAGCGGGAUCAAACACUAUAUGCAUUUAGUUUCGAAUAAGUAGUUAAUUUAUAAGUUAAGAACAUUAAGGUGGUGUAAAUAUUCUUAUUUUGAUAAAAAUAAAGUUAUUUUGUGACUGAA